CAGUAACUAAUCUGCGACAUAUUUAUUGUAAUUUUGUAAAAAUUAUUCCUCUACAGUGUCAUAGCUCGAUGUACUUAAUAAUUAGAAUAUUCUAAAGUUUCUACGAAUAGUUGAGUAGUACUAAAAAAACGUAUACAGUAGGUAGGUAGGUAUUUUUUUUGCACCCAUUCAUUAUUAGUUCAUUGCUAAACAGCCUUGUGCUCGAUAGAAAUAAAUUACUUAUAAGUUGUGAGGGUUGUGUUGCAAUUUCAAUUAUGGUGAAAAUGUGGACGACGGUGUUGUGGACAUUGAUUUGUAUAGUGUGCCCAGUUCUUACAGACGAUGGAUUAGAAAAAUUGCUUGAAGAAAGAAAUAGUCUCAUACAAGAAGAGCUAGAAAUGAUGGCGGGCAGCGACAUCGUAUUAAAUGAUAUCGAAGAGAAAGCGAACAAUAUCAUCAUGAAGCUGAAGGAAAAAGAAAUUGAUUGCGGAUUUGUGAACCCUCAAUAUCAUAACUUUUCUAAACACUUCUUUGAUUACAAAGAGGAAGUGAAGAAUUCAGAGCUCUUUAAGAUAAUUCAGAAGAUGCCUAAAGGUGCCGCUCUGCACGGACACGAUACAGGAAUUUUAAGUCCAGAUUAUGUUGUAUCUUUAACAUACUUGGAAGAUCUGUUUGUAUGUUUUGAAGGAAAGUAUAUCCAAUUUUUAUUUUCCUUGGAAAUGCCUACUUCCCCAUGCAAUACAGAAUGGCAAUUAAUGAGAGAUGCUCGCUAUUCAUCAGGCAACGUGGAAAAAUUUGACGCUGUUCUUAGAAAAUAUUUCACUAUAGUUAUUGAUAACCCACAUGAAGUCUACACCGAUGUAAAUGCAGUUUGGUCGGCGUUUCAACAAUACUUCAUUGCAACUACAGGUCUAUUUACUUAUAAACCAGUUUGGGAAAAGUAUUUUUAUGAUACUCUUCUGGCAUUCAGAGAAGACAACGUGAUGUAUGUGGAAAUAAGAAGCGUACUUCCCGAGUUGUAUGAUCUGUAUGGAACUAAGUAUGGUAUAUUAGACACGGCCGCUUCUUACAAAAUGACUCACGAUCAAUUUAUGAACGAUUACCCAGAUUUCUUUGGAGCAAAAAUAAUUUAUGCCCCUUUAAGAUCCGUUGAUGCUAAAACUGUUAAAGAAUAUAUCGCUAACGCAAAGAUAUUAAAAAAAGAAUUCCCAGAUAUUAUUGCAGGAUUCGACUUAGUAGGACAGGAAGACUUGGGAAUGCCAACCAAAGAGUUUUUUAAGAUUCUUUUUGAAGCAGGUGACGAGUUAAAUUAUUUCUUUCAUUCAGGAGAAACUAAUUGGUUUGGAACUACCUCUGAUGAAAACUUAGCAGAUGCCAUUGCCCUUAACACUCGACGCAUAGGCCAUGGUUAUGCUAUCAUUAAACAUCCUCUACUGAUGGAAGAAGUUAAGAAAAGGAAUAUAGCAUUGGAGGUUAAUGUAAUUUCUAAUGCCGUUCUAGAGUUAGUAAGUGAUAUUAGAAAUCAUCCUUUGGCUUCAUUUUUAGCCUUCAACUUGCCUGUAGUGAUAUCCAGUGAUGAUCCAGGAGUAUGGGAGUCGGAGCCGCUGACUCAUGAUUUUUACGUCACUUUCGUUGGUGUUGCGAGUCGACGAGCUGAUUUGAGACUUCUUAAAAAAUUAGCUCUCAAUUCUUUAUAUUAUAGUGAAUAUUCUAAUAAAGAUAAAAUAGUGCAUGAAUUUGAAAUCAGGUGGACAAAAUUCAUAGAGGGAAUCAUUCAGGAAUAAUUUUUUUAGUAAACUUAGGUCAUUAUUUAUGUUCAAAGUUGUUUGGCAAUGGUGCUUAUUCGGUUAUAGGUAAGUUCGCGACAGGUUGACAUGGCGAUCAGGGUGAGGACGUCCCGCACACCCGCACAGCCCCCGCGCUUACCCGGUGCGGGAUGGCGCAGGUGUGUGGGACGUCCCCCCGCCUUAUACCCCGAUUACCAUGUCGACCAGUCGCGGACGGCAUUUGUACACACAGUAUCUCAGAACAAAAUUAAAUUGACAGGUAUGAAUGCUUUCAUUUACCGCCCGCGCCACUGAAAUGGGCAUAUACAAGUAGGUACGUUGGAAAAGGUGUGUUAUAGAUACAAAAUGUAAUUGAUGGUUUUAUUUCUAAGAAUAAUAAUCAAAAUAAACUUUUGGAACACCAA